AAAAACUUUUCAUUCUUCUAAUAAAUCGUGGCUAAAAACAGAAAUUAAUCUUUUAAGUACUUAAGUAUUUGUACUCGCAAUUCGAUUCCCUUCAAUAAUCAGCGUUUGUUAAAUUAUCGGGCAAAGGAACGUGCAAACUAUAAACCUCAACUAUGGGCAUCAAGUUUUUUCUAUUAAUAAGUCGCCAAGGAAAAGUUCGUUUGGCAAAAUGGUUUUACGCUUUGCCGACGAAGGAGAGGUUGAAAAUUAUCCGUGAUGUUUCUUCUUUAGUAAUUGUCCGCAAGCCUAAGAUGUGCAACUUUGUAGAGUAUAAAGGAGAAAAAAUCGUUUACAGGCGAUAUGCAUCUUUAUUCUUUAUUUGUGGAAUCGAGCAGGAUGAUAAUGAAUUGAUUAUUUUAGAAGUCAUACAUAAAUAUGUUGAGAUCCUUGACAAAUACUUCGGCAAUGUUUGCGAGUUGGACUUAAUUUUCAAUUUCGAAAAGGCCUACUAUGUUUUAGAAGAACUAUUACUAGCUGGUGAGCUUCAAGAAUCCAGUAAAACAAAUGUGUUAUCUGCUGUAUUAGCCGGAGACGCUGAAUCAGAGGUGGAUGCACAGCAGGAUACGAUACAAAAACUAGUUGGAAAUGUCAAAAAAUACUAAUGAAGAAGAAAAUAAAAUACCUAUCAGCCUCCAUACGGAAAAACUUGUUGAGGUAUGCAAUACGAUUCCCCUAAAUAUCCUUGUGUUUUUCUUUUACUUCUUUCCCAUAUCAAGAGACUCCCUGUGUCAGUUUUUCAUUUUAUCUGUUUAUCAAGAAGUUUUUUUUCCCGAUUUCUUUUCCUCUAAUUAAUUGCUGAGGAACAGGAACAAAUACUCCUUACGAAAGUAAGGUUGUAUGCCCACCUCAUCUCAUAUACGAAGUUUUGACUUUCUAUACUCUUUAUUUUUACCUAAUGUUGGAAAAAACACAUUCUUUUCUUUGAUGAGUUGCAUGCACAUGUUCUAAUAGAUCAAAUAUAUGCUUUUAAUUAUUUUGCUAUCCUCGCAAGUAAGUGAAGGUUCAAUUCCUUUAUUUUAUAAUUUAAAUGAAUAUAUGAAAGCUCGGGGUAAAAGCAUUAGGUGUUACCAAGACUCAUAACGCAAAUAUCUUGCUCUCCACCUCUACUAUUUACAAUCAAAUUUUUGGAUUAUAUAAUUACAAUUUAAGAUUUUCAGUCGUUUGUAAAUUAAUUAAAGUACUGGAACUUGAAAAACAAG